AUGGCUCUUGCGGCCAUUAGUAUCGAGGAAGUCAAGGCCUCGGUUGAUGCCGCCCUUGACGCUCUACAACAGGAAUUACGCGAACUCAAUCAUCAGAUCUGGUCCAACCCCGAGCUUGCCUAUAGGGAGCAUCGCGCUCAUGAUGCAAUUUGUGACUUUCUUGAGCGACAAGGAUUUACGGUUACUCGCCACGCCUAUGGUCUGGACACCUCAUUUGAAGCCCUGAGUGGAACGAGUGGGCGAUUGAUCAAUUUCAACGCAGAAUAUGACGCUUUGCCGGGGAUCGGCCAUGCCUGUGGUCACAAUCUUAUAGCGACCAGCAGUAUCGCUGCGUUCCUUGCGUUGUCAUUCGCCAUCACCAAAUUUGGUAUUCCAGGCCGAACCCAGCUGUUAGGCACUCCAGCCGAGGAAAACGGAGGCGGAAAGGCCAAAUUGAUUGAUGCCGGCGCUUAUACAAACGUCGACAUCUCGUUAAUGGCUCAUCCUGGACCGAAAAAACUAUUUCCCGACCAGGAGGCAUCCGAUGGUAUAGCCGGCACACUGAUGAAUGCGCGCAAGAACCUUCAUUGCGAAUUUACUGGGAAAAACGCACAUGCCGGUGGAAAUCCCUGGGAAGGAAUCAACGCUCUGGAUGCUCUAGUCUCGUCUUAUAACAAUGUUGCGCUUCUUCGACAACAGCUUCUUCCAGAUCAGCGGAUUCAUUGCGCUUUCUUGGAUACGCCUAAAGUGGCGAACGUUAUUCCGGACUAUACGAAAGCUUUUUGGCAGGUUCGUAGUCCUACCCUAAAGGGAUUGAAUACUCUGAUGGGCAAGAUACGGAAUUGUGUCGAGGCCGGCGCAUUGGCAACGGGGUGUCAAGUCAAGAUUGUUGAGUAUGCUUGCGACUUUACCCAAACGGCCGAUGGAAACUGUACUCACGCAUCUGCUUCAAGGGAUGAACUCUAUACCGAUGUCCGAUUAAACGACACUCUUUGUGAACGCUAUUACCUUCAUAUGGGACGGUAUAACCGUCAUGUGCUGAAGCGCCACGACAAAGUACUCACAGGGUCCUCGGAUAUCGGCAAUGUCAGCUACGAGACUCCCACACUACACACAAUGUUUGCAAUUCCCGCGCCUUUAACCUCCUUCCCACAUCAUCCAACAUUUGCAGCUGCAGCGGGGACGGAUGAAGCACAUAUCGAAGCAUUGAUCGUUGGGAAAUCCCUCGCCCUGAUCGGAUGGGAUAUGGUCACCGAGCAAGCUCUGUAUGAUACAGCGCGACAACAAUGGAGAGAUGAUAUUGCGCGGGAAGAUUAG